AUGGGAACUUGUACCCAAACCAAUAAUAAAGUACUACAUUCAGAAAAGACUUUAUAAAGAUUGGUUAUGCACUUCUAUAAUGUUUCUAUGCAUUCACAUCCAGACAUUGAUAGUCUCAUAAAUACCAAAUUGAAUUCUUGCAAGAUUACACAGAGGGGAUUGAGCAAAGCCUUAAUAGAAGAAAUCGUUUUAUUCCUAAAUUCUUACAAGACCAGAACUCCAGAACAAGAUGAAUUGCUCAACCAUUUCAAUUAUGUUUACAAAUAAUCUUUAAAGAAGUUUGAUCAAUUUGGAACCAAUCUAGGCAAAGUUAUAUUAAUUACUUCAAUAGAAGUGUUACUAUGCUUUAAAUCUCUGGAAAUGGGGGACUUAACACCCGUGGAUGUAUGGUGGGUCUAAGAACAUUUUCAAAUUAGGUACCGAGUAUUGUAUGAACAGUAUAAUGUAGAAUACGACCACUUUUUGGAUAUGAAUUAUUUGAUUAAGUUUCUCUACCUUCUCAAAGAGUGCGUGAGAAUUGAACUCAAAAAGAACAGCCUUGGAACAAAUCAUUUUUAUCUCUCAAUUAGACAAGACUAUUAAGAUAUCCAACAUACCUCUAGAACUUAAGAUACCUAAAAAACUUAACAAAAAAGAUUGGAUACAAUUUGA